AUGAAAGAGUGCAAUAAGUGUCGUUCUACUAUACGUGGAGAGUCUGGUUUAGUUUGUGAAGGUGUAUGUGCCUUAAACGUUAACGAAAAUGAAAUUAAAUGUUUAUUAAAAGCUAUAGAGGCAAAAUAUGCUGAUAGGAUUAAAUCACUUGUUGAGGUCCAAAAAUCAUAUGAAAACAAAUUUAAUGGGCUUGAGCAAAAAAUUACAUUGUUAUCUGAUGUUAUUAAAAAACCGAAUGAUGAACUAGCUAUUAAUACAUCUAAGAAUAUAAACAUGAUUGAAAAUAAAGAUACUUUUGCUGCUAAGCUAAAAAUGGGUAUCAAUGCUAAUGUACCAAUUACUGUGAAACCCAUUAAUAAACAACAGAGUGAAGAGACAAAAAAAGACUUAAAGAAUAAAAUUAGCCCAACUCAGCUAAAUGUUAAAGUGAACGGAUUUCAGACUAGGCAUGAUGGCAGAGUAACUAUUAAGUGCAUUAACUCUAAAGAACGUGAAGUAUUUGCUAAUGAUAUUAAGAAAAAACUAAGUGAUCAAUACGUCAUUGAAACUCCUACAUUGCGUAAUCCCAAAGUGUUUAUCUCAGGAAUGAGUGAACAGUUAGAUGGCGACAGUUUACUUCUCGCAAUAAAAAAUCAAAAUAGUAUCUCGCUCCAACACCUAAAAGUUUUAAAAGUAUACGAAUCUUAUAAAAAAAAGAAUACAUUUAACGCCAUAAUUGAAUUAGACGGUAAAGCUUUCAAACAAAUUAUGAAAGAUCGUAGAAUUAAUAUCAGAUGGGAUAGGUGCAUCGUUUAUAAGCAUUUAAAUGUUAUGAGAUGUUAUAAAUGCUGGGGCUUUAAUCAUAAAGCAAGUGUCUGCAAAGAAAUUGACAAUGUAUGUGCUAAAUGUAGUGAGACUGGGCAUACUCAUAAGGAGUGCAAAAAUGUUUUUAUUAAAUGUGUUAAUUGUGUUAAGGCAAAAAAAACUCUUAACCUUCGUGAGCUGAGCACGGAUCAUGAUUGCAGAGAUAUUAUGUGUAAGACGUUACAGCGGAGAGUUAAACUAGAAGCAGAAAAUACUAAUUAUUAA